AUGGAAGAAGAAGCUGAACCCAUCGAAUAUAUCAUUGAUUCAAAUGAUGAUGAUGAAGAUGAAUGGACAGACGAAGAAGAUGAAAUGAAACCAAAACAACCUUCAUGGAUAGAAAGAUUAUUAAAACAAUUUAAAGAAGAAUAUGAAGAAGGAAAUGGGUAUUCAGAGGUAUAUGUCAUUCCAGAACAAGAUAGAGUUGUGAUGAGAAAGAAGGUGUGGAUUGAACCAUCUGCACCAGGUCAACCUCGACAACUUGAAUGGACGAAUCGUCCAAUCUUGACAGAAAUACAUUUCCCAUGGAGACAAGAUUUCAACAAUGUAUGCUUUGCUGGUGACCUCGUCAUUACAUUCCCAAUGCAAGAGGAUCAAAUCAAACAAUGUACUCAAAGACGGGAUACCUAUCGAUUGGCAUCUAUCAAAGCACAUAGUCUACUUAAACAACAAGUCGAGACUACUAUAGUAGCCAGCAGCUCGGAUUCAAAAGUAGUUAAACUACCUGCUGAUCGUCCCUCUUCAUACGACUCUAAAGCAAACAAGAAAACAAUGGAUCUCUUAGUAGAGAGUGGUCUAUUACAAGGACUGACCAGUGACACUGAAAAGAAACAAGUGUAUCGUAGUCAACACAUAUUUCUACCGGCCAAAGUAUUACCAACCUACCACAUGGACGAUGAAAAAUACUUUGCAUCUUCACUAUCUAUGGGUCACCUCAUACCAAUGAUCAAUCAAUUCCAAGAUAAUCUCAAUCAACAAGACAACUUGAUCGGCUACUCUUCAAUGGAUCUAUCAAAUAUCAAACAAUUGGAUAAAACUGGUAAAGGUUUUAAUUUCAUUAGACAAUAUAUUAGAACAAAUGAAGAACCAUUUUUCAUAGCAUCAACAAAUAGAGAAUCAAGAUCAUUUUCAAAAAGUGGUGAUAAUAUAAAUUAUGAAACCAUUUUAGGAAGAUAUGAUAGAGAAGGAAGACUACAUAUGAUUCAAAUAUCAAAAUCUGAUAAUCGAAUGUUCUCGGUUAUGAAUUCUGUUAGAGUGGUUCAAAAGGUUUUGGCAACUGUUGAAACUAGAAAAGAAGAGGUAUUCCAAUACAAAUCGGAUGAAUUAUCAAUUCAAGGCUUUUUAGAUAUCUUUAAGCAAUACACCAAUCGUGAUUAUUUACAAUGGCAUGAUAAAACAUUCGAACCUCUAUCACCAGAAUACUAUGCAAGUUUAAAAUAUUAUUCACCAAUACCAUUUAAUAUCCCUUCACUUAAAGAUAUUGCAUUCUCUGUUUUAAAAGAGAAAUAUUUAAUAUCAAGAAAAGAAACAAUUGAAUCAAUAUUAUUAUUACCACAAAUAUUGAUACAAGAAUUUAUAAAGAGUUGUGUAAAUGAUUUUAAACCUGUUGGAUUUGAAAUAUUACAAGAUUUGAAAAAAGAGUUGGAAUCAUCGUCAUCAUCAUCAUCUCUGGUUGAUGAAUUGAUACCAUUGGAUUAUUGGAUAAAAUCAAUGUUUAAAAGAGAUGAUACAUUACGUAGAUUUUAUGUUAAUCAUUGUGCUCAAUCAAUAUUUCAUCCAAUGUUUAAUGAAGAUAAUUUAUUGAUCAAUGUUUAUCAAAGUUUUGAUCAAUUUAAAAGAAAGGAUCUUCCAAUGGACCGAGUUUUCUUUGCAUCACCAGAUAGUAUCUCACCAGUAUCAUCGUCAAAGGCAGUUGGACAACCUUCAAUUGUCAAUCAUGCAACAUUUCUUGAAAACUUUCACAAAAACACAAAUAAUAUAUUUAACAAACCGGAGAUGGAUUGGUCAAAUAUUAUUAUUAUUGGUGGUAUUGUGACGGCGUCGCUUAUUGGUUCAACUCUUGGUUUUGAAGAAUCAGAUAUUGACAUUUGCUUUUAUGGAUCAAACUUUGGACCACAAGAUUACAAGGAUCGUAUUGACCGAUUGAUUGCUUGUAUUGGCGAGCAGGACAAUCUAUCAAUCUGUUCAACUAGAAAUUGCCUGACUCUUUCCAAACACCAUCCAAACAGACACAUUCAAAUCAAUGAUUGUCUAUUUGUCGACGUGGAACAUGUGUUGUUGGGAGUUGACAUUGAAGCAAGUUGCUUUGCAUUUGAUGGAAAGAAUGUAUGGACAAUGCAAAGAGGUGUGGAAGCUAUCAACUAUAGAUGUAAUUUUGCAUCACCAUUUGGUCACUCGAUCCGUGGAAAUAUGUAUCAACGACGUUUGUUGAAAUAUUUGUUGCGUGGAUUCUCCAUUGCACACUUUACAGACGACCCUAUCAUCAUUGAAAGAUUUGGUACAACUCCCAACAACAACAACAACAACAACAAUCAUGACGACCAAGUUCCAACCAAAGAAUACUAUCAACAUCACUGUCAAAAUGGAAUAGCAUUAUUGUACAGUGCAAGAGAUAACCCUGCCAUCUUUGCAAAACUAGUAGCCAAGAACAAAAGCAGUUCCCUACCAUAUGGACCUAAAUGGGACAAGGAACGAUUCGACAUGUUCGUUCAAGACAGUUUUGACGAAAAUUACGAUGGUUACAAUGACGACAAAUAUCCACAAUUAAUAGAUCUAGAUGAUCUAUCCUCAUCUCGUCUCAUUCAUUUUGAUAAUGUAGAAGAUGUACAAUUGGAAGCAAAUUGGAAUACUCCUUUGGAUCAAGAUGAUAUUUAUGAUGAUGAUGAAGAUGAAGAUGAAGACUAUGAUGGUGAAGAUGAAGAUUUUGAUGGUCAAGAUGAUGAAGAUAAUGAUCAAAGUAAUAAUAUAGAUGACGAUGAUGUUGAUCAAGAUGAUAUGGAUCAAGAUGAUCUAGAUCAAGAUGAUAUGGAUCAAGAUAAUGAUGACCAAGAUGACGAUUAA